AUGGACGGUGACCCAGCGGUGGAGUCGGAGCUCGACUCCUUCAGCUUGACCUUUCCUCUGCCGUAUCGAGUAGGGUUCAUUAUUACACUUGCUGUCUGGGGUUGGGGUAUCAACCUGCACCACCUAUACAACCUCAAGAUCGACGUGCCUAGUCUGAUACGAUAUCCUGCGCGAUCGUCAGUACACCAUGCGCCGCAUCAUUUCUCGACCUACCGUCUCGCCACCGUCCUAUCGAGUCUAUUCGGAGUGUCCAUCGUCCUGUUCUGGCUCUUCACAUGGCGGAUCCCGGCUCGAGUCAUCGCCUACGACUGGUUACCUCUGACCUAUCUCGUGGCUCUCGUUGCAGUCUUCAUCGUCCCCAUCCAGGACCUGCCGAGCCAUGGGAGGCGGCGAUUUUUGGCGACCCUCCGACGUGUGAGCAUUGGUGGUAUUGCAGAGGCCGCAGAUGGAAAGUUUGGGGACAUUCUUCUGGCUGAUGUGUUGACCUCCUACGCUAAGGUCUUUGGAGAUCUAUUUGUCACCCUCUGCAUGUUCCUCAAGCCAGAGGGGUCAUCGACGAAGCGCCCGGAUCGCAACUGUGGAGGACUGGUCAUCGUGCCACUCCUGAUGGCCAUCCCGAGCUUGAUUCGCUUCAGGCAGUGCUUGAUUGAAUACCUGCGUGUCCGCCGGGCGCCCUACAAGGAAUCAACUGGUUGGGGCGGCCAGCAUCUCGCCAAUGCGCUCAAGUACUCGUCUGCAUUCCCCGUCAUCAUUUUCAGCACGCUGCAGAGGAACUCGAGCGAUCCUGCCGCAAAGGCGGCUCUUAACAAAGCCUGGCUGGUUGCGGUGUUGGCAAACUCGCUCUACUCCUUUUACUGGGAUGUCACCAAGGAUUGGGACUUGACUCUGUUUCUCUCGAAGAAGGAGCGGACGGCACACACUCACCCUUUUGGUCUACGGGACCGGCUGAUCAUGAGGCCUAUCAGCUUGUACUACGUUGUCAUCGUCAUGGACCUGAUGCUCCGUUGCACGUGGUCAAUGAAGCUGAGCCCGCAUCUGGAUAAAUUUACUGAUUUCGAGAGCGGCAUCUUCCUGAUUGAAGUUCUCGAGGUGUUCCGCCGGUGGGUCUGGAUCUUUUUCCGUGUUGAGACAGAGUCGAUCCGACAGACGCCUGCGGGUCUCGGGGCUGAUGACAUCCUCCUCGGAAACUACCAUGACAACGAUGACGAUGAAGAUGACGAGGUCUAG